AUGGCGGAAACUAAGGUUCCCGAGGUUGACUACACCCUCAAUAACCCCGAUACCUUGACCAAGUACAAGACUGCUGCUGAGAUUUCGCACAAAGUGCUCCAGGCCGUUAUUGCUCUGUGUGCUGAGGGUGAGAAGAUUGUUGAGAUCUGUCAGAAAGGUGACAAGCUCCUCGAGGAGGAACUUGCCAAGGUUUACAAGGGCAAGAAGAUUGCUAAGGGUAUCUCUCACCCCACUACCGUCUCUCCUAGCUCUUAUGUUACUCCCUACACCCCUCUGAUCUCAGAUACCGCGGAGGCCGAAACUGUUCUGAAGGCCGAUGAAGUCAUCAAGAUCCAGCUCGGCGCUCAGAUCGAUGGCUUCGGAACCAUUGUCUGCGAUAUGAUUGUCGUUGUUCCCAAAAACUCGGACAAGUCCGAGGUCACUGGCCGCGAGGCUGACCUUAUUGUCGCUACUCACUACGCCAACGAGCUCCUGCUGCGUCUGAUUGUCCCCCCUGGCCUGCUGGCCCAAGGUACCGACGAGGAGAAGGCUAAGGCCGCCGCCCAGAAGGCUCCCACCCAGGCUCAUAUCUCCUCUCUGCUGGAGAAGGUUGCCAAGGCAUACGGCUGCAACGUCGUUGAGAACACCACCAGCUGGCUGUUUGACCGCAACGAGAUCGAGGGCACCAAGAAGAUUAUUCUGUCUCCCGGUAACGGCACUCGUGGUGACGGUGUCCCCGCAGUCGGUGAGGUUUGGGGUAUCGAAGUCGGUCUCAGUUUGGGUUCCGGAAAGGUCAAGACCCUUGAACACCGUACUACUCUCCACCGCCGUACCACCACUACUUACGGCCUGAAGCGCCCCAGCUCUCGCCAAACUCUGUCCGAGGCUGUCAAGAAGUUCGGAACUUUCCCCUUCAGCUUGCGCCAGCUUGAUGACGAGAAGGCCGCCAAGGUCGGCAUCGUAGAGUGUGUCCGCGGCGGUGUCCUGCGUCCCUACGAGCCCGCUGGUGACUCAGAGAAUGCCCCAGUCUCUCGCCUGCUGACCACUAUUGCUAUCACCAAGAAUGGCAUCACCAAGCUUGCUGCUCCCACUCCAAUUGAUCUGACCCAGUUCAAGACUGAUAAGAAGAUUGAAGACGAGGAGAUUCUGAAGAUCCUUGAGCAGCCCCUGUCCCGCUCGACUGGCAACAAGAAGAACAAGAGCAAGAAGAAGAAGGUGGCCACCACUGCUGAGUAA